GUUAUGGUAACAAGCCAGAUGUCUUGGCGUGGCUGCCGGAAACAGGGAAAGUACCGAGUAAUCAUGACGCAAUGGAUAUGGACAUGCCCUGCCCCAUAAGGUAUGAUAAUGUCACUCACUCUACGGCAUCGUCAUUGCAUCCUACUUAUAAAUACCAUUGACUACUACGGAUCUUGACAAUCUUUUGACUAAGUUCACACACGAAUCUUAACUUUUCAUUCAGCUCAUCUCCUACUUCAUAACACUCUAUCACAACAUGUUGACCCGAGGUUCUCGAUUCGCAACAGGCUGCGCCAGGCAGCAGCUCUGGGGUCAAACAAGGGCAUCUCUUCGCAAUCAACGUUCUCGCCGCUACGCUACCUCAACUCAGUCCGCCGGGAAUGGCACUAACGCUGCCUUGGUUGGCGGCCUCGCUGGUGGAGCGGUGACCUUCCUCGCAGGAUACACCUGGUACCACUUCUCCGGAGCCAAGAAGCUUGUCCAGACGGCAAACCAAACCCAAAAAUACUACAACGAAGCGAAGAAGACAGUCGCUCAGAAGACUCCCGAUCCCGACGAGGCUUUUGGUUGGCUGAGAGAUACAGCGAAAAACUACGCAUCGUGGAUCCCUGGGGCCAAGCCCUAUGUCGACCAGGCGUUUGACGACCUCGAGGAGAUCAAGCGCAAGCAUGGAAGAGAAUUCAAUGAGAUUGUCAGUGAUGCGUACAAAGACUUGCGUGAAGCCACAAAGAAAGGCGGUCUCGAUGUGAACACUGCUGUUAAGAUCCGGGAUACUCUACAAGAGCACUUCAAGCGUCUGUAUGAACUCGCCGGCGAGUCUGCAGGUGACAUCCUUGACAACCAUCCCGAGAUCAAGGAAAAGGUCGGUGGCAGCUUGGAUCAGCUCAAGGAGAUGGGCAAUGCCUAUGGUCCGCAGGCGAAAGAGGAGGUAGACAGAACAUGGCAGCAAGUGAAGGACAUCGUCUCGAGCGGUGUCAAUGCGGAGACCGUCCAGAAGAUUCAGAAGCUGGCUCAGGAGAAGAGAGAGAAGCUCCAGAAGUUGGGUGAUGAGGCAUGGCAGAAAGGUAUGGAAGAGGUUAAGCCAUACCUUGAUCGGAACCCCAAGGUCAAGGAACUUGUUGAGAAAAACAGCGAUGCCUUGAGAAAGGGCAACUUUGGGGAACUCUGGGGUCUGAUCAAGGAAAGCUCGUCUUCAGGCAACGUAGGAAACCUGGAGGGAUACAUCAACCAGACCGUCGAUCAAGCCAAGAAAAGUGGUUUCAACCUUGACAGUCUGGCCGACAAGUUCCCAGGUGGUUCAAACAUUCUCUCCCAGCUGCAGUCACUCCAGAGUAUUGCGCAGAAGAAGGGCCCCGAGGCGGAGAAGAUCCUCAAGGAUACCCUCAAUGACAUCCAGGGUGUCUUAUCAGAGAGAACCAAGCAGGCCGAGAGCCUUGCUGGAGAGGCUAAGAAAGAGAGCAAGUGAUUGGAGUGCUACGGACUACCUCUUGAAUCUUCCCUUGUACAUAUAUGCAUGAGUCAGGUUUUUCCUUUUUCCAUCUCCAAGGGAUGCGGAGAUUGUGUAUUUUAGCAAUGAGUAUUAGACGGAUUUGACGACCGACGUCAGGAUAACUGUAUUCUGUGCUUAGUACAAAUGUAGAUUACAGCAAACCCUGUGUGGAGCGUUAUAUGCGUCAAAUAUUCAUUCCAGUACUACCUUGAUCUAACAAGGUACACAAG